AACUUUGUGUUAUUUUUUUUGAUAAAACAGCAACCAGACACAUCAGGGGCUACUUCGGUCAUUUUUCUCCAAUAAAACCCCCUGUUUCACCAGCCUUGUAGGUGUUCGAAUUCACCACAGCGAAUAUUCCAUUAACUCCACUCUCUUUUCUUAGGGAAAAAAAUAAUGGCUUCUCUCUGUGUAAAUUCUAUAAUUUCCUUGAGCACUUCCCUUUCAUUACAUUCUAAAAACCCACUUAUUCACAGUGUCUUCAGUUUCACGCCUUCAACCACAAGGCAUUCAGCUAUAUGCUGCUCAAAUAUUCGUCGGAGGCCGGAGUAUAAACAUGGAAAAUUCUCUGACCCUGAUUAUGUUGGUAUUUUCGACACCACUCUUCGCGAUGGCGAACAGGCCGCUGGUGCUACCAUGACUAGUAAAGAAAAACUGGACAUUGCACGUCAGUUGGCUAAGCUUGGUGUUGAUGUUAUUGAGGCCGGUUUUCCAUUUGCCUCUGUAGCUGAGUUCGAGCUUGUAAAGUUGAUAGCACAAGAAAUUGGUAAUAACGUAGACAAGGAAGGAUACGUGCCGAUGAUUUGUGGCUUAGCUAGGUCUAGUAAGAAGGAUAUUGAAAGAGCUUGGGAGGCUUUGAAAUAUGCAAAGAAACCAAUGCUUCAUAUGUUUAUUGCGACGAGUGAUAUACAUAUGAAGUACAAGUUAAAGAUGAGUAGAGAAGAAACUGUGGAGACAGCUAGGAGUAUGGUGACUUAUGCGAAAACCCUAUUUGAGGAUGUUCGAUUUAGCACUGAAGAUGCUGCAAGAUCUGAUAAAGAGUUCCUUUAUCAUAUUAUCGGAGAAGUUAUAAAAGCUGGUGCAACAGUUAUUGGCCUCCCUGAUACAGUUGGAUGCCAUUUGCCCAGUGAAUAUACACAACUGAUUUCUGAUAUAAAAGCCAAUACCCCAGGAAUACAAGAUGUAAACAUUUCAACACACUGUCACAACGAUCUUGGUCUUGCUACUGCCAACACCUUAGCUGGAAUUUGUGCAGGCGCAAGACUAGUAGAUGUUACCAUCAACGGAAUUGGUGAAAGAGCUGGAAAUGCUUCUCUGGAAGAGACGGAAGACAAAGCAAGUGGAACCAAGACCGAGGGCAACUCCUUCGAUAUGCAUUGGGUUGAGCCCGAAGGGGACAUUGCCAAUGGCAAACCAAUAUUUGCCACCAGAUGA